AGUGAGGGCGGGCCUUGAGAGCUCCCGAGAUAAAGUCCGGUCGGUCCGCUGCUCACGGGCCAGAAGGUACUCAGGUUGCCUGACAGUCUACCGGGCUCUGCGCGCAGCUGGGUCCCCGUCCCCGCUGCAGGUAGUAAUGGGGUGGACUGCGGGCAUCAAGUUCACUCCGGGCCUCCUGCUCCUGCUCCUGCUCCCGCAGCGGGACUGUCCCCGGGCGGCACAUGCUCACUCUCUUUGCUAUGACUUCACUAUCCUCCCUAAGGCCAGCCCUGGACAAUCCUGGUGUGAGGCUCAAGGCCAGGUCAAUGAAAAGACUUUUCUUUCCUAUGACUGUGGCAGCCAGGAGGUCAAAUCCUUGAGUCUCCUGGGAGAGGAGGUGAAUGGCACGAGGGCCUGGCAAGAACAGAUGGAAACGCUGAGAGACGUGGGGAACUUGCUCAGACAGCAACUGCUGGACGUUAAACGAGAGAAAUACACGGACAGGGACCCUCUCCCGCUGCAGGGCAGGAUGCUGUGUCAGUGUGAAGCCAAUGGACACACGCAUGCAUCCUGGCAGUUCGGCUCCCAAGGACAGACUUUCCUCCUCUUUGACUCGGAGAACAGAACCUGGAAGGUGCUUCACCCUAGAGGCAGACAGAUGAAAGAGAAGUGGGAGAGUGACAGGGAAGUGACUGAGUUCUUCAGGAAGAUCUCCACGGGCGACUGCAGGAGCUGGCUUGAAAGUUUCCUGGUGCACUGGGAGAAAAUGCUGGAGAAAACAGCCUCACCAACCAUGGCCCCAGCUACAGCCCAAUCCAGGGCCAUGGCCAUCACUCCCAUUGCCUGGAUCCUCCUGGUGACCGUGCUCACCAGCUCUCUUCUCCUUGGCCUCCUAGGCUGAGUCCUUCAUACUAACAGGUACUGAGAGCAGAUUGAGAGGGGAGGUAGGGGCACAUUACCUGGAGUGAGGAAGGGAAAGGAGAAUUCCCAGCCCAACCCCUGCCCCUCACUGA